AUGCGCUGUGUCCCUCGGACACAGCGGAUCACCGAUCACGGAAAGAGCCGAAGAUGUCGGCUUGGUCAUGUGAUCAGCUGUGUCCAAUCACAGCUGAUCACAUGGGACGUGUACACGGAUCAUCAGGGCACUGAUGAUCAGUGUGCCCUGAUGAUCAGUGUAGCCCCAGCAGUGCCAGCUGUCAGUGUUCAUCAGUGCCACAACAAUGCCACAUAUCAGUGCCUACCAGUGCACAUCAAUGCCACAUAUCAGUGCCCAUCUGAGCUGCCUUCAGUGUCACCCAUCAGUGCCAGUCAGUGCCACCUCUCAAUGGCAAUCAGUGCCACCUAUCAGUGCUGCCAAUCAGUGCCACCUAUUAGUGCCAGUCAGUGCCGCCUAUCA